CUAUGUUCGGGACAUUUUGGGAUAUUUCUUCGAGAUUUAAGUAGUGUCAGUGUUCGGUCUGAUAUCCAGUGCUUGAGUGGUAGAGCCGUGCCACAGGCGAAAUUCUCAGCACUGUGCAAAGAGGUGGCGAUCUCGUCCCGUGGACCAACUCUGGUCCCCUCGGAGGCGACGGUACUCCGGGAAAAAGAGAUCGAGCAUCGCGAGACGCGUUUCGUAGUCCACGGAUUUGAGGCCGGCAACCAUUCUCGUAGCGACUCGCUGGACACGCUCAAUGAGGAUGACGUCUUUCGUGAGUCCUUAGUAGACAACUCGGUUGGCGUAUUCCAGGAGCGGUCUGACGUAGGCCCCAUAGAGUAUUUGGAAGUCCAUGCGAGUAAUACGGGAGCAUUUUCCACGGCAUUCUUCGCUUUUACAGGUUUCGCUUUGCACACAAGCGUGACAGACACACUGGUCUACCCGAAUUUCUACAGAGCUGGUUUGAACCUCCCUGUUGCCCAUAGGACACAUUUGACUGCGUUUGCAGAUGCAUUCCUUGAUCCCGAUCCUAUCCUGGAGGACACUCCUGAUCCGCCGGACGAGGACGAAAUAGAUUACACUGUUCAUCCUCCGGAGGUCGGCCAAAACGUUAUUGUUGGGGAAACAGGAGCCGAGGUUACUGCCGUGAGCAACCCAGUGAAACAAAAGCGCGUUUUAUGUUCUUUCUCAUCUCAGGGGCUAUCUGAUGAAGGUGAUCCAGAUGAUUAUCCAUUCGAUGCGGUGACGUAUGGCGACUCACUAAGUUGCCUGGGGCUGCCCUACAAUGACCACACGUAUGUAUCGGCCGUACCUUCUUCAAAAGGCACUUCUGGCGAUGAGGAUCGCCUCUGUCUUCUUGCUAAAUUAGCUUUAGCAAAGGAUGAAAAGCAAGUGGACCAAGUUUUUGGGACUCGCAAAACUUCUGGUCAGUCUGGAUUGGGUCUGAUUUUAUCAAGUGAUGAACUGGUUCCACAGAACAUCUGUAGACCUGCUUCAGAUGUGCUUUACUGCACGGGACCACAAGUGAUGGGUACACCCAAAACGCCGAAUACUAGUCGCAUCCCUACACAAACUACUACUUCACCCUGCUCGCUUAUCGCGACCAACCCGGCAAAUUCUUCUACCAAUGGUCGUUCGCUCGUAAUUUCCCCGUCUUCAGGUGCGGCUGCGAUCCCACCUCUGCAAGUUCAUCGUGUGAGUUCUUCCCUCACUCCACACAUUAUACUGCGAACCGGCCUUCCUGGGCUGCAGAUUAGCACAACUGCCUCCCGCUCAGCUACCUCAGUUUCUGAUUCUGGAGGGAUUGUUCGCUGUUCAUGUGGGAAUGCCCGUAAUGACUGUCCGGUCAUUCAGUGUGACAAGUGCAGAAGUUGGCAACAUGUAGAAUGCGUUUCCUCACCGAAACGAUCCCGGUUGACUACCCCAUAUGUUUGUGAGAGCUGUGGUCCACAUCCAGUUCCGGGUCCUCAAGCCGUUGUGUUACACAGACAGAAACUGCCAGGUAUCUCAACCAGUGCUGGUUCUGGCAUCUGGAUGUCGCGUACCACCAGUCUAAGCACGGCAAAUAGUUCAGGCCGAGUUCUAGUCACCAAUGCACUAUCCGGUCCGGUUUCAUCUCGGCAGGUUCAACUGUGCCUGUCCAGCACCCCGUCAAUAGCUCCACCUGUCCGACCAAACCCAAACCAGACGUUGUCCACCACUGCCACUGGUCUGAUGACAGGAAAUCCACGUUGUUUCAACCUCAUCACAGGACCAACAUCACCCGUGACUUCUGCUCAAACAACCCGAAGCUCCAAAAGGAAACAGGACCUGCUAACUCGGAGCGUUCCUUCCGGAGUCUACCGUACAGUUAUUUGUCUUCGUGGUUUAUUUGUUAGCCCUGCUUGUAUUAUCCAUUUCUGCUAUCCAACAGUCACUGGGACUUCACUUGCGGAUGGCCUGGAAUGUGUCUCCAAACACUCACCAGCCAUUAACGGGCUAACUGAGCUUGUCCCUGUGGAGGCUCCUUUUUCAGUCGAUGCGAACGGUGCGCGAGUUGUAUCGGAAACUGUUGGCGUAUCUGUAACAGGAACGUGGGAUAGUCCUGUGGACACAAAGCCCAGCAAUCCCCUUCAUCGUUUACUAGUUUAUGAUACAAGUGAAACAUCAAACUAUACACCAGAGCACAAGGAUGACUCCAAUCAAAUCUCGCCUCCAUCAUCCAUAAUAUCGUCCGGUACAUUGGCGUCACCCUCCAUUGAUGCUUAUGAAGAGACGACUGAGUUACGAUUGUCUGAACGCUUUUACCACAAAAUGGAAAGUCUUUUGUCACCAACGUAUUCACCGUCAGGUGGUACCACGACCAAUGGAUUUUCUAAGAAUCAGCUGCCUCCCCGGUUGCCUUCCUUCAAACGUUAUCAAGUGAUGAGUUUUGAUUUCAAUAGAAAAGGACUAAUUGCUUUGGCUGACAUAUAUCCCGGCGAACCGGUGGUUGAAUACCAUGGAGUUUGCAUGCUCUUGUCCGAAUACAACGAAAUGUAUGACUACCGUAAACAUUACAGUCCGUACGUCCUGUUCUACAAGUCGUGGACGCAGCUGCCGCUUUGUGUGGAUGCCAGAAAAUUCGGGAACGAAGCGCGCUAUAUACGACGAUCUUGCACUCCGAAUUGCGAGGUCCGGCACUUUGUUUCCACUUAUGAUGAUCCACUCACUGGCCCGACUUCCAGAAUUCGCCUCAUAGUUUUCGCUAUCCGUCCGAUCACGCGUUCGACAGAAUUAACAUUGCAUUUUGAUUUCGAUUACACCACCUGUCGCUAUCUUGUCCCGUGCGCAUGUGCUCGCAAAGCAUGUCCCGUGGCCCGUUGGUUUCGUCAGUCGAAUCAUUUUGACAACGACUAUCCAGGUGCUGACACAUUCACACUGUCACAUUCAUUAUCUUCAACACGCAAAUUCCCUUUUCGUGGGUCCGGGCUUACUUCUCGUCCACGUGGAUUUGUGACUACUGGGCUAGACAAUUACUCUGAUAUUCUUGCUGAUGAUUGUGACCAGGGUGAUGGUAAUGGAGAUCUGUCAUGGAUAACGGAUGACCAGCAAUCAAUGAGCCGUCUCCAACCUCAUCGAACGUUCCGGCGCGGCUCUCGCGGAAACGGUCAAGCGUACCCGUACGACAAACCGAGGAAACCUAUUAAACUUCGUGGACAGGGAAGAGGUCGACGUCGUGCUACCAGUAACGGAGCUCUAAGCCUGAACGGUCGAAGUGCUGUAGUAGUAAGAUCCGGUCGUGGCCGCCCACCAGUUCUGGACCAACCUUUGAGAUCGAACCAACGACAUCAUCCUGGCCGAUACAAAGGACGAAGAAGCUCGAAAUCGGUUAAGAUACGCUCCUUGUUUAGUCAAAAAGAGAAUUCGCGACGGAGUUGUACGAACGGAUUGCCCGUAGUUGAUGAACGGUCGACCAUGUCAUCACACUCAUCCAGCAUGUCGGAGCGAAGUGUCCCUCAUCCUGUUCGUGGAACGGAUACUCGGCAACAGUCUAAUGUUAGCUCCGACGAUCGUGAUUUAGCCCAACCGCUUGAGCAUGCAAGCGAUGACGACCACCCAACGGCCUCUUUGAAGCAGUCACCUUCCCAUGUGGUUUCUUCCAUAAACGCGUAUGAUCGCAAUUCCGUUGCAUCACGUCUUAAGGAAGAAAACACCACUGGAGUGAACUUCACGGGGCACGGAAAAAAUUCGUCUUCGGACAGCGGCGGUGAGCUGAAGUCUGGUAAACCCGAAGAGCGGUCGACCAAAUCAGUUGGGGAACGUCGUAGACGCCGCAACGAUUCACGCAAAACUCCUAGUCCUGUUCAUCAAAAAGAAGGUCAACUUCGAGAAGAGGACAGGAAGAAAUCACGUGAAGAAAUAUGGAUGGCUGAGGUUCUGCGUCGUAUUGAGCGAAUGGAAAAGAAACAACAGCAUAAACAGCGUACUGCACCUGCUGAAUCAGACGGUACACCGUCUGAUAAAGGGGAGUCAAGAAGUGUUGAGGUUUCUUCAGUAGUUCCUGAAACUGUUGAAACCAAAUUGCCAUCGAUUGGCGAUUGUCCCACCAGUAGUUUAGAACCGUGUCGUAUCGAACCUGAAACGCAUGAAUUGGAUUCCGAAACAGCACCCCUUGCCGGUGACCUGGAAGACAAUCAGCUGAAAUCCGAACAAACGUCGCUCUCCUGUCAGUCAUCUGUUCUAGUCUCUUCAGCGGUCAGUUCGCUGUGUGAGGACCAAGAUAAACAUUUGAUCCCCGUAGUGUCCUCCGAUAACACAUCUCAUGCGCUGCGGUCCUCUCUUCUCAAACCUAUGCCAGAUAUUGUGCUUGGUGAUCCAUCCGCGACCGGACCAGAUGAAUCACACCCUACUGUUCUGCCCUCAAAAGGUCGUCGGCGUCUAUCUCAAUCGGUGGUUCAUUCUGGAAAUCCUCUUGCUGUUGCAGCGGCUGAUGUCCGUGAGACUCGAGAGGAGAGGUGGCUAAAGUCACAGCUGCGGCGCAUCGCGGAACUGGAAAUGUCCACAUCACUUAAACCUUCCUCUCCGAAACGGCUUUCGGACGAAGCUGUCCCAUUAGCGACAGAAGUUUCUUCCCAAUCUGAUUCCGCUGUCACUACUUUGAAAGAAGUUUAUACUAAUGAUAGCCUUUUAGGAAGCCUAAACGAUGACAAGUGUGAUCAAACCACAGGCAGCGCAGGUGACCCUUCGUCUGAAAGCCUUUCCAUAGAUGACCUACAGGCUCACCGACGAUAUACGUGCCCAACGUCAUCAGAAAUAUCACAUAAUGAAGUAAUCCACGCGAAACAUUCAAUUGACCGGAGGAGCAGCGACACUUCAUACAGUCGUACGUUAAAGACAGGGAAUUUUCGCGCGGGUCGUAAGCGUUCUUCAGUCCCAGUAAGCACUGAGGCCGAUUGUGAGCUCAUCGUCUACCGCACUCGUGAGAAAGAUCCAAUGGCUAAAUUUAGCCGCAGUCGAUCGGGGGAUUUAACUUCAACAUUACCAAAUAAUAGAAUACUGCAGGAAAAUACCUCACCUAUUCUCGAGUCGGCAGAUCCUUCCAGGGUAGUUGCUUCGUCGGGUAUGGUGGGCUCCACAGCAUACUGCACGCCGAGGCCUACAAAGAAAAGAUGGUUGAGUCAAGCACUAAUGGAGGAGGACAAUGGUGGCCUGCGAUCCGGGGAUUUCGCACCUCUAGCCCGUGUUAUGGAUCAGUCAGAUGUGACAUUCACACAAUUCCAAUUUCCGGUGAUCUCUCCAAGCGCUUGUCCGGUCAAUCCGAAGAAGAGAAUCAUUUCCCAGUUUUCAGAGUCGCACAGUAACGGUCCUGACAACGCUGUUUUCCCCCAGAGUGGGUGCACUGACUGCCAGUCGAAGGACGAUUCACCGUGCUCUAAUCGUAGUGAUCCUGGAAAGGUGCCAUCUGUAACUUUGUCAGAAAGCACUAGUUCUGUUCUCGAUCCAGCAAAUGCCCAUCCCACACCGUUACCACCGAAGAAAGCCACCGUUAAACAACAGGCGGAUGAAAUGCGAAAGACUCGCGUCUCCUUGUCCGAGUACCGUCGUCGUAGGGGACUUUUUUCAAACAAUGCUUCUAACAGCAUCAACAACCAAGCGAAGGAAGGAGAGCAAGCUACCGAACUACGCACAGCAAGACAUGAUUUGCAUUUACCCCACCAGUUACUAAGUCCCAAUCGUCUGUUGGAUGAAAUACCUAAGAUAUACCAGCAAUUACAUCUACCCGAAAAGCUUUCCACAAAGUCUAACGAACUUCUCCACUCUUCCAUCAAAUCAGCUCCAAAGCUUGACACUAAAGGAUUACCCUUAAUUGUCCAAUCAGACACAGCUUUUGAUGAACUGCCAGUUGAUGACGGAAUAAAUGAGCGUGGUCCACGUACGCCCAGUGAGCCACCUGACGACGAUGACCUAGACUCCUCGAACACUGUUUACGUAAGAAAACUACGAAAGGUUGAUCUAACUGCCAUCGCGGAGGAGGCGGAAGACUCGGUGAAACGAUCAACACCGCACAGUCAUGCACGGCUCUUUCCGGAACAGGAUUUCUCAGAUGAUAUUCGACUACGCAGUUGGAAAAAGAUUUCGGAUGAACAUACAAAUCCUGAUUUUGACGGUGCUGAUCCCCCGGAAUACAACAACGAGUUCCAACUCCAUGGCCGCUCUUCAGGCGAACUUACGCGGCGCAGGUGGAGUGAGCGGUAUCCGCCCGGCGACGAUGGCCUUUUGCGUACGGAGUUACGGGCUAGGCCGUGGUCACCCUCCGUCCACCCGGAUCGACCCGUUCCAGUAGUGUCAGCCCACUGUGUGGCGCCACCACCACCACCGCCUCCUUGCAAUUCUUUUCCUUCUCACUCAAAGAAUGAUGUGGAAAGCCACCGAACCAAACGAAGCCUGCCGCAUCGGAGAUACUCUGGCCCCGAUACACAGGAAGCUUCGGUCAAUCUCGGCUCAUUGGAAUACUUCAUCAAACGUGAUCAAGCAAUUCGACAUUGGCAAGAGUCCCACUCUUUGGAUUGGGAUCGAAACCAAUUCACUACAAGGCGUCGUAUCGAGCAUACACACCUUGAGAUGGAGCGCAGAGCUAUCGCCCCUCGGCACUCCUUAUACCCGUCUAAAUAUGGAUCAAACCCCAAUGACUCUCUCCACCGGUCUGUGCCAGCCUCCGGUCGAUUGACAGAUGUGGAGGAGACACUUUGCCGCCUACAAGACCGUCUUCGUUCCCAACUAGAUCGAACCAAACUUGCGCUAACCCCACAUGGCAUGGCGCAUAAUGAUAGCCGGAGCAGUUUCGCACAUCUGAUGGAAUCGGAUGUCGAUGUUGCCAGCGACGUAUCUCUCUCAGGCCACAGUAGAACGGGACGUUAUGUGGUUAAUGAGCUGUCAUCAGUACUCGUUGUCGGUCUUACAGCCAAUCCGAAUGAUGAUCAAUCGCAACAUUCACUCCCUGCUCAGCAGCUUGGCCGGCGUCCAUCGGCUCCGAACGUAGAGUAG